AUGGCAGCACAAGAGUACGAGAAGGAGACGCUGGAGCGCAUAGAGACGACUUCAGAUGCUGAGACCCCUGGCGUACAAAAACACAAUCCCCUCGAUAAGGUUGAGACUCAUGAGACUCUCGCUGCUGUCGACAUAGAGAACCACCAGGCUUUCAAGGGAGACGAUUCAGAUGGCAAAGUCCAUUGGACUGUGAAGAAGCUUCUGGCUGCAGCCUUCUUGUCAAUGCUCUAUACCGGCUCUCAGAUUCCGUUGUAUUUCACUGGCGGUACUUUAAUCUUCAUCGCCGAGGACCUCAACGCCCACGACAUCAUUGGCUGGUUGCCAGUUGCAAAUACUCUAGCCAUUGCUGCUGUAUGCCCUUUUGUAGGAUACUUGCAAGACCUAUUCGGCAAGCGAAGCAUUGCACUUUUUGGAGCAACACUUCUGUGCGUUGGGUGCAUUGUUCUUGGGACUUCCCAUCAACUUGGCCAAGCUCUUGCGGGAAUGGCUCUCGCUGGUGCAGGUGCUGGGAUUGGUGAGUUGACCGGUCUAGCUGGCCUGGCCGAAGUCGUCCCUGUACGACAUCGUGGGUACAGUCUGGCCAUCCUCACAGCUUUCGUUCUCCCAUUCUGCCCUUACGUUAUGUACAGCGAGCUCUUCUCUACGAGAGGGUCAAACCCCACAUGGCGAUGGGGCUCUUGGAUUUCGCUCAUCUAUAACGCUGUCACUCUUGUCGGUCUUGCUGUCUUCUACUUCCCCCAUGGACACCGCCGAGGCGAUGGUCUCAAGAAGAUUGAGAUCCUGAAGCGAAUUGACUACGUCGGAGGCUUCCUGUCGAUUGUCGGUCUAGUUCUCUUCCUUGUUGCACUUCAAGCCGGUGGUUACACACACCCCUGGACCUCCGCUUACACUCUCUGCACCCUUCUCAUUGGCAUCGCUCUCCUCCUGACAUGGUUCAUCUGGGAAUGGAAGUUCGCCCGCCACCCCAUGGUUCCUUUCGAGCUCUUCCAAGGCCAGCGUGUCGUUGGUUUAUCCUUUGCUGUUGCAUUUGUGGCUGGAAUGAACUUCUUUUCGCUCUUAAAUUUCUGGCCAUUGACGAUAUCGAACGUGUGGAGCCCCAAUCCGGUCUCUAUUGGUUGGCGAGGACUUCCGGUGGGUCUUUCAACUGCCGUUGGUGCUAUCAUCUGGAAUGCUCUCUUAAGCACGUGGAAAGGUGGUUCCAAAUGGGUGCUGUUCCUGGUAAGUUCCAUGACGCCAGAGAACGUCUAUCAGUCCGUCACACUCGCCGCCUUCGCAGCCUUCGGCCUGGGGGGUGUUAUCGUUCCUGCCGCUACAGUCGCCAUGAUCGCAGCUCCGGAUGCUCUAAUCACGACCUGCGCCGCAUUGUCCCUCUCCGUUCGUGCGGUAGGCGGUGCCAUCGGAUACUCGAUCUACUACAGCGUCUUUGUCAAGAAGUUGACCAAGAGGCUCCCCGUUCUCGUUGCAACAUACGCAAUUCAGGCAGGGCUUCCAGCUUCCAGUGCAGAACUCUUUGUCGGCACGUUCCUCACUGCACCGGCUAACGCAUCGGCGAUUCCUGGAGUCACCGAGGCAAUUCUUGGUGCUGCUUUGACUGGUACCCAGUGGGCUUACGCUGAGGCUUUGCAUCUCGUUUGGUAUGUGAGUAUUGCUUUUGGAGCAUGCGCCAUGGCUUGUGCCUUGGGCAUUCCGAACACCCGCAAGUUCGAGACAAACAGGAUUGCGGUUGCUCUGUGA